AUGGAGAUGGGAUAGGAAGUUCUGUGGGAUUAUCAGAUACUGCUGAUUUGAAUGAAUACAUAAUGAUAUCUUCUGAUAGUGAGAGGGAAAUGAGUCCUAUACAGGAGGAGCUGGAAGAAGCAUACUGGACUCGUGAAGUUCAUGAUGUAAAGAAGUUUUGCUCAAAUGUUAUGCAUAUUCCUGCAGAAAUAGUAGACAAAUGUGGACUUGCUGGAAUGGCAGAGAUUACCCUCAAUGAUGUGGACAACGGGUACCCAUAUGAGUGCAAUGUGAAGAAGAGGCCCAAAAAAAAUGAAACAUAUUUGUAUGGAGAAUGGUUUGAUUAUGUAAGGGCAGCUGAAUUGAAAGAAGGAGAUAAAGUGCACUUUGUGAUUUAUUACCCGCCAGUGUUAGAUAUUAUGGUUACAGUGGAGCGCAGUGGUGAUCGUUGAUAGAGCUGUUGGUUAGGCAAUGU